AUGGCUCGCUCAAGGAAACCAGCAAAUGGCCAGGAGGCAUCGUCGUCGAGUCCACCUCGCUCCCCAUCGCUGCCACCGUCGCCAGACAUACCCACAGGACCGCUCAGUAUCGUCAUACCCCAGGAAGACCGCGAGAUAGUCAAGAUAAAUAAUUCCAAUUUGACGGAUCUCAAGAAUGCUUGCGACGAUGCGGUGAAACGCUAUCUCUCCAGACCAGAGUUAUUCAAGCAGAUAUUUCUGCACACAGAUGUACGAUUGGCACUUGGAUGGUCGAGUGUGCUCGUAGCCGCAGGAACAGCGUUUUAUGGCUACAAGGUCGAAUUUGAGAUCUCGAAGCCAGUCGUGUGGGUGGGGCUCAGCCUAUACAUUAUCCUGUCCCUCAUUCAGACCCUUUACGCUUAUUUCGUCGAAGGAGAUACUGUGUUUGUAGGAAAGAGGAAAACGUUCUCUAAGCGAAUUGUUACAGAACGAAUAACCCUCGCCUCACGGACGGAGCCCGUCAAACAAUCUAAGCCUCCUUCAUACGAACUCACUGUAUCCUAUGUUCGCUCGACGAGUAAUGGAAAAUCACUCCUUGCCAAAGGAAAGACGCGGAGCAAGAAGGAGUACAACGCAUUCUUCGACGAGAAUGGUGUUAUGGAUCAAGAACGGUUUGAAAAAUAUGUUGGCGAGCUUGUUGAGCAGGCCAUGGAAGGAAAAGCAACGUAA